GCCACACUUGUGGGGUGUGGUGCAAGACUCUGUGCUGUUGACCAGGCUUCUUGCAGCACAGCCACCAAAGCAGCCUCUGUCCAGGGAAUUGAGGAAGGUUAUUGAAGGGAAUGCUAGAAAUUUCAAGCUGAGGAAAUUACUGUAUGCUGCGAUGUCCUGAAUAAGAAGAAAUGAAACUCCCGUUAUUAGCCUUAAAGGAAUGCCUAGUAAUGGGCGAGUAGGGGCCAAGCGCCUAGGGGAUUCUUCAUCAGGACCACUGUCUCCCCUACCCCAGGUGGGCACCAUCCCAUCUUCUCUGCUUGCAUCACUGAUCUGCCUGCUCCCUCCCAAGGGGCCCUAUUGCCAGGCAAGCCAAUUGAACCCUGAGUCCAGCAAGCCCAGAUUCCUUAGCCUUCCCUCUGCGGCUCCAGUGCAGCCCCACAGGGCUGUUUCCCACUCCUGGCUCUGAGUUGCUGAGUAGCUGCAGGCAUAGAACAACUGUGCCAGGAAGGCUGCCAUUUUGCUGAGCGUGAGGGGAGGUGGAGGUGAUUCUUUAUAAGAUCUUGGGCACUGUAGAUAGGACCCUCCAAAGCCAUUGACACACACACCAGUGAUUCUUGUCCGCCCAGACUUCUCUGCAGCUGAAGUGGUGAAACUCACAGAGUGGAGCUUUCCAGAAAGAUCCUUUCUGGAAAAAAUCUCCUGGGCUGAUGUGACCCUGAAUGCUUGGGCUUUACCCACGUCCUUUCUCCCUGACAUCUUGCAACAAUGGAUAGGAGAGCAAGCAGGCAGAAAAGCACGUUCUGGAUGAUAUAUGAGUGCCGUAGCUACCCCGGACUGCCUGCCUCUGAACUUCUUGUUGGGUGAAACCGAAAAAUAAUAUCCCCUUUUUUUUAUGCUGUGCUUAGUCAGAUUCCCUUUCGUUUGCAGUUAAAUACAGAAAUCAGGGAAUAUUCUGGAGCAGGGGUAGGAGAAGAGAGGUAUUUCCGCCCCUGACACCUUCCUUCAAUUUCCCAGUGAGUCCACACUGGAAAAAUUCAUUUGAAUUCAAUUUAAUAAGCAUUUAUUAGACAGCUGCUAUGCAUCUGGACUUAGGGAAAAUUGGACUCAGGCCCUUUGCCCUCAAAGAACUCACAGUCCUCUUGUAUUUGUGUCCUCUUGAAAUCCACAGGACCAAACGGUGCCCAGACUGACACUCGACCCACCCGUGGGCACCUGCUUUCCCACUUCCUUCCUCGCGCGGGCUCUGCCCUGGGGUUGAAACGCAAACUCAGAUCUCCUAAUAGGCAGCUUGUCGCCAUUUAUGUCUCAGAUGUGACCUAUGAGGUUGGCACUUUUCCCAGUGGAUCCUAAUGACUUUUCAGGAGAACAGAUAACUUCACAGCCUUGAGAAACAGGAGUUAGCUCUGUCAUUCCCUUUGUUGGUCAAUAUAAUUGCAAAGGGUCUUAACUUUUCCCAAAACGUUCACACCUACUCUCUUGUUGAUUAAGGAAUUGCAUCAUGAAACUUGCCUAAUGUUAUCUCUGACCCUUUAGAUUCUAAAAAUUUUGAGGAGAGAAAGGACAAUGUCUUCAGAUCAAUGGAGAAAGGAUCAACUACUGUUUUCAACAAAUGGCCUGAGAUAACUGGCUACACAUUCCAGAACAAAUAAAGAAGUCAGAGCCUAACCCUAACACUGCAUAAUGGAUUAUGGAUUAAAGAAAGUUAGAAAUGGCUUUUACAUACCUCCCUUCUCCCUGCCAUCUCGUGCGUGUGUGUAUGCGUGUAUACAUAUUUAUGGCAGAGAUGCUGCCCGCCUCCCUGAGUUGCUCUCCCUACCCUCUGAGUGCUCGCUGUGCCCAGACCAGCCUCCAUAGCUUUGCUUCUUGUGGCCAUGGUCCAGGCUCCCAGGGCACUCUGUUCUGCCCAUCCCAACAUAGAAAAGAAGAAGCUGUGUGCCUGGCACCUUCCGCAGGCCAGACCCUGUGCUGGGCACCAGGUACACAAAGGAUAACAAAGAAACAUCCUGCUCCAGGGAGCUCACAGCUGACUGGGGGAGGCAAGCUGUGCUCAUGGGUGACAGCCACAUGGGACUGUAAAUCCAGCAGUGGAGGAAAGCAGAGCAGGGUGCAGACAGGGGCAGGAGGGGUCUGUGCUGCCUCGGUCAGGGAGAGGGGCCUCAUUGUCUCACCUGGGGUUCGGCCCUGGCCUCAUGGGUCUGCUACACUGAGUCUGCAGCAGGAACACCCAGCUCAGAGAGGCGUCAGCCCGCGGAGCUAAAGCAGACAGCCCAGAAAACCCAGGGGCCACGAGAAAGGAGAAGGGCAAAAGGGAUGCAAAGCCCAGCUUCGGGCCCGUCCUCUCUGCUUCCUGGUGGCAAAACUCAGCGCUCCUCAGCCCAGUGUGAACCUGGCAGGAGCAGCAAUGGUGAGUUGGCUCUGCUUCUGUUUCUAAAAGGCUCUUUCUCCCUUCAUGAUUCUGAGGCUUCCACAUUAACAGGCCCCAAAGGGUUGGGAGGAGAGGCCACAGUCCCCUGACCCUGACACGCAAGGUACACCCACAGGAUGGGCCUGGACCCUCUCGCUCCUCCCUCCACUCACUCCAGACCAGCCUGGCCUUAGUAUGUCACCCCACUUGCUCUGGCAUGGUGACCUUCUCCAAGGGGGCAGACUUGGAAACUGGUGCCACCUGAGAUGUCCCAGCGCUGAUGCAGGAGGGCAAGGAAAUAAUAGAAACACUGGAGAUAUCCCACAGCUGGUCCACGCUUUACUGCCCCGAGCCCGUCCCCUGCAAAGCCAAGGCCCCUGGCAGGUAGGAGGCAGGUACGACCACCUCCUUGAGACAGUUGGAAACCAGACACAAAGGGCCAAGCCACUUGCCCUAGGUUUAAAGAGUGACAGAGCCAGGGCACAGCCCAGAGCUCCUCCCCACGCAGGUCAGCGCUCUUCCCACUUACUGUCUUCACUGGGCGGUGGGGGAAGCCCCUGUGGAAGGGGAGGUCAAGGCACAACCAAAGGACCCCCAGAGACUUUCCAGAUACCUGGAGAAGGGAUGCCACGACCCCAUCUUUCCUAACUAGAGGUGGAGCGACUUCCCUCACUUCUAGCUACUCUGUCCCUGAACAUUCACACCCACACACUCACCCUCACACUCACACACUCUCACUCACACGCAUACAUACACUCUCACACUCACACACUCACACACACUCAAACACACUCAUAUGUGCAAAUCCAAACAAGACGACAAAGGCUUCUUUGGGUGGAGGGAGAAGGGAUAAGUAAGAGGAAGGAAGGAGGCUGCUGUGCAGCCCGCACGGAAUCCGGACUUAUUUUCGUUAGUAUUUCUACUGCUUCCCCCCAUCUUUCAAGCUUAAGUCUCCAACCAUGGCAGCUCGUAACUAAAAGAAGCCUUGAGGACUCCACAAUCCAAGCUUCUCAUCCCACAUCCUGGGGACAGUGCAGAGAAGGGUAUGGAGCACGGCGCUGGCACCAGGCAGGGCUGGGUGCGAGUUCCACCCCUCCCGUAGCACCUUACAGGCUACUUAACACCUCCGUGCCUCAGUGUGCUCACUCUAAAGUGGAGACAGUUGGGGUCACAGUGACUAGCAGGUACCAAGUUCUCAGUAAGUGUGGGCCUCUCUGACCAACUUCCCCCAAGUCCUGGGACAGCGAGGAGAUAGAAACACGGACCUGAGAGUCUAAACAAACCCAGGGUUACAGAAGAAGCCUGGAGCACAUCCUCUGGCCCUGCCGGUCCUAUAGGAACCAGCCUCUUAAAUAGGCAGUCUUGGAACAUAGAAUGAAAGAACCAGAAGACAGCUUUGAGGAGAUUGAGCUCAUCCCCUUGUUUUCACUUGGGGAAACUGAGGCCCAGAGAGCUGAGGUGACUUCUCAAUUCAGCAAGGAGAAGCCUUGGGUGUUCAAUUCAGGUUGGGAAGGGGAUCCAAUUAUUUCUCAAUACCAGUGUAUUCUGGAAUGGCCAACUUGUCCACGUCACUGACCUAGCAACACGCAAAUGGAACCCACAGCUCUGCGCACAGAGCAGCUGUUCACCCCAGGAAACUGACUUUUUUUAAUUAAGAGAAGCUGAAAAAUUAUUUUAAAAGAGAGAGAGAGAUAACACCCUAAAAAUAGCCAUAGUGCAGAAGUUCGUUUCAACUAUUUCUUUUGCUUACAAUGCAAAAAUUGAAAACUUUAAGAGUAAGAAGUUCAACGAAUGCAAAGCUGGAGUGGGCUCGGGAAGGGAGGAGCUUUAGAAAAAAAGCUUUGCCAGGAAAUCUGUGACUCUGUGGCUUUUUAUGAAUGGGGAGGCCUCAUUGAACCCACAAUAUAUAAAGGGGACACACGAGGUGAAGGUCGAUACAUCAGGGCCUUGCUCUUGCAAAACCAAACCACAAGGCCGAUUCACAGAAGAAGGCAGAGCUCAGCCAUGCCCAGCGCAGCACUGCUAUGUUGCCUGGUCUUCCUGGCCGGGGUGGGAGCCAGCCGAGACCGGGGCACCCAGUCUGAGAACAGCUGCACCCACUUCCCAACCAGCCUGCCCCACAUGCUCCAUGAGCUCCGAGCCGCCUUCAGCAGGGUGAAGACUUUCUUUCAAAUGAAGGAUCAGCUGGACAACAUGUUGUUGAACGGGUCCCUGCUGGAGGACUUUAAGGGUUACCUGGGUUGCCAAGCCUUGUCGGAGAUGAUCCAGUUUUACCUGGAGGAGGUGAUGCCCCAGGCUGAGAACCACGGCCCAGACAUCAAGGAGCACGUGAACUCCCUGGGGGAAAAGCUGAAGACCCUCCGAGUGAGGCUGCGGCGCUGUCAUCGAUUUCUGCCCUGUGAAAAUAAGAGCAAGGCAGUGGAGCAGGUGAAGAGUGCCUUUAGUAAGCUCCAAGAGAAAGGUGUCUACAAAGCCAUGAGUGAGUUUGACAUCUUCAUCAACUACAUAGAAGCCUAUAUGACAACGAAGAUGAAAAACUGAAGCAUCCUAGGGAACGAAGCAUCCAGGACGGCGACUCUACUAGACUCUAGGACAUAAAUUGGAGAUCUCCCAAAUCCCAUCCAGGGUUCUGGGAGAGCUGAAUCAGCUCCUUGGAAAACCCUGUGGUACCUCUCUCCUGAAUAUUUAUUAACUCUGAUACCUCAACUCCUAUUUCUAUUUAUUUACUGAGCUUCUCUGUGAACUAUUUAGAAAGAAGCCCAAUAUUAUAAUUUUUUUCAAUAUUUAUUAUUUUCACCUAUGUUUAAGCUGUUUCCAUAGGAUGACACCCUAUGGUAUUUGAGUGUUUUAAGAGAAAUUGUAAGUUAUAAAGGAAAAAAAUGUUUCUUGGGGGAAGCCAACUGGGGCUUCCAUUCCAAGCCUGACCACACGUUAUGGCUGUUGAGCUGUUCUUCCUGACCCCUCUCUAACCUUUCCUGUCCCAGGGCCUCGGGCACCCAGAGUGUUACACAGACUCUCACCCUCUUAGGAAGAGAAACUAGGGAGCUCCUCUGAGGAUUAAUGGCUCAGAGGGGUUCCCCAGACCUCACUCCCCAACCACAUCAUUCAUGAAAGUUGUGGCCAGCUUGUUAUUUAUAACAACCUAAAGUUGGUUCUAAUAGAACUUAGUUUUAACUAGAAACAAUUCAAUUCCUCUGGGAAUGUUACAUUGUUUGUCUGUCUUCAUAGCAGAUUUUAAUUUUGAAUAAAUAACUGUUAUUAAAAUUAUGUUAUGGUGUCGGUUGACUUCUGACUAAAAUUAUUCCUUUAAAGUUUCCAAGCUAGAAGAGAGUAAAUGAAUGGAUUCUGCAUUCCAGGGAAAGAAAGCCAGCUACCCUCUCCCAGAGAGAGGGAAGCGUCCAAAUCUGCUGGGGGAAAAAGGUAUCCCCACUUCAAAAGCCAACAGCAAAAACCACCUUUGUCUUCCCAUAAACUCAAUCCUUUAAGGAAUUCUCCUCAAACCCUUAAAGAUCAUGCUGAUUUUCAAGGCUGAGGAUGAGAUUCUGUACAUAACCAAAAUUAGAAAAAUAGGCAAAGGAGGUUUUUAGUGUUUUUUUGCUUCUUCAAGCUCCAAAGGUCCAGGGAUGAAUACUAAUUUGCCUGAGUUAUCAUGAGGCUUCAGAUAAAGUGCUAACACUGUUCCCUGCACUAGGAGAUGGUCCCAGUGCACACAGUUGGCUGUGAUCGGUAUUCACCGCUAAAAACUCCUACCAAAUCCUCCUCGAGCUGAGACCAGAGGCAACAGGCUGGAGCCAACAAAGUAGAGUAUAAGCGGUUAGCCCACUUGGUAGGAUGCCCAGGGAUUCAAGGGCUGUUGCUCCUUCUGUUUCCUCCUUGAGCCACCAGACAAGUGUGAGAUUGGCUUCUGACUGCGGUCUGCUGGGAGGGCUGUGGCGGCUGGGGAAGCCCUGCUCAAAGCCCCGUGACUGGGGGAGAGAAGAGGAAAGAAGGGCUGAGUAAACACUGAUCCCCUCACGCUCUGCCCAGGCGGCCACGGGCGGGGAGGGUGGGAGCCGCCGGGCUGUGGCCAGUUUUUCAGUAAGACCUGACUCACUUCGGUUCAAGUAACCAUAGGAAGGAAGUGGGCAGCAUCAAAGCUGAAAUUCUGAGAUGAAAGGUUAGGGUUAAGAACGGAGGCAGCAGAAGGCGUGGAGACAAGAGUGAGGCUCUCUAGUCCUCGGCCUGGAAGGCUAGGCAGUCAAGGCUCUCUGCCAGGCCGUGCGCACUAGCUGGAGUGUGAGGUUGGCACCACAGCAAGGGAAGUGGGCAUCUGAAACCAACAGAGACGGAAACUCACCUGGGGAAGCCACAUAGCGGACAAGAUGUUGACAGCACCACAAUUUACUGAGCACUUAUUUGAGCUAGUCAGUACUAGUAUAUGUGUAUCAGGCAUGCUGUAUGCUAUUGUUAUUGCUAAUUUCUAUAAGAGGAAACCGACGCUCAGAAAUGUUGGUAUGGCUUGGCCUCAUGGGUAAUGUGGAAAAUGGAGAACUGAGAAUAGCAUAAAAGCCUUUCCCUUUGUACUGAUUAUCUGUUGCUGCCCCCAAAAUUUAGCAGCUUAAAACAACAAACAUUUAUUAUCUCACAGUUUCUAUACGUCAAGAGUCUGGGAGUGACAACUAGAGGUUCUGACUCAGAGUCUCUAAGGAGGUUGCAGUCAAAAUGACAGCCAGGACUGCCAUCACUUGAAGGCUUGACUGGGAUUGGACAAUUCCUGUCCAAGAUGGCGCACUGACAUGGCUGUUGGCAGGAGACCUCAGUUCCUCACUGGCUAUUGGCCGGUGGCCUUAGUUCCUUGCUACACAGGCCCUUCCACAGGGCUUCUUGAGUGUCUUCUCAACACAGCAGCUGUCUUCCCCAGAGCCAGUGAUGUGAGAGACAGCAAGGAGGGGAUCAUGGUGUCUUUCAGACCUAACCUCAGAAACCCCACACCGUUGCUUCUGCCACAUUCUAUUUGUUAGAAAUGAGUUGGGGGCCCGACCCCAUGGCCGAGUGGUUGAAGUGCCAUGUGCUCUACUUUGGUGGCCCGGGUUUGUAGGUUCAGUGUCUGGGCACAGACCUA